CAGAGAAGAGUUGAUACAUUCAGAGGGAAGGGAAGGGCUGUCUGGGAGUGCGCGUGCUGAGUAAACAGAAAUAACAGAUUUCAGCGUUGGAAAGAGAAGCCCGGGACAGGUUGGUGGGUGCCCCAUUCAGGGCUGGACUUUACUAAGGGUUUUUGUUUCUUUGUUUGUUUUUUGUUGAGACAGAGUUUGCUCUUGUCACCAGGCUGGAGUGCAGUGGUGCGAUCUCGGCUCACUGUAACCUCCGCCUGCUGGGUUUAAGUGAUUCUCCUGCCUCCGCCUUGGGAGAAGCUGGGAUUACAGGCACCUGCAGGUGCCAGGAUUACAGGUGGCAGGUGCCACCACGCCUGGCUAAUUUUUAAAUUUUUCUAGAGACGGGGUUUCACCAUGUUGGCCAGGCUGGUCUCGAACUCCUGCCCUCAGGUGAUUCACCCGCCUCGGCCUCCCAAAGUGCUGGGAUGACAGGUGUGAGCCACCGCGCCUGACCACUAAGUUUUUUUUUUUUUUUUUUGAGACGGAGUCUCGUUCUAUUUCCCAGGCUGGAGUGCAGUGGCGCCAUCCUGGCUCACUGUAACCUCCGCCUCCCAGGUUCAAAUGAUUCUCCUGCCUCAGCGUCCAGAGAAGCUGGGAUUAUAGGUGCUCACCACCACGCCUGGCUAACUUUUUUCUUUUUACUAGAGAAGGGGUUUCACCAUGUUGGUCAGAAUGGUCUCGAACUCCUGACCUCAGGGUGAUCCACCCUCCUCGGACUCCCAAAGUGCUGGGAUGACAGGCGUGAGCCACCGCACCCGGCCACUAACAUAUCUUUAAUAAGAUCCGUCAUCUGAGACCAGGGGCCACCUCCCUGUCCGGGUGCUGUUUUCCACGAAACAGGGAGGAAACACAGGCAGGAGACCCUGGACACCAGCAUUCACGCCUCCAAGGCUGAAUUUACUAUGUCAGGAAGUUGCCCAACCCUGCCUGUAUAGCCAGCAAGAAUUCUAAUUAUAGCAAACAGAAACACUUGCAGAAAAAAAAAUGAGAACGGGAACAUGACAAUUUUCAAAGAAAGAGUCUUUCUUUCAAGGAAAGUCAGGUUCAUGGUUACGAAGCUGCUGACCCCAGGAUCCCAGCCCGUGGGAGAGAAGGGGGUCUCUGACAGCCCCCACCUCUCCCCACUGCCAGAUCCUUAUCGGGUCUGAGUUUCAGGGGUGGGGCCCCAGCUGGAGGUUAUAAAACAGCUCAAUCGGGGGAGUACAACCUUCGGUUUCUCUUCGGGGAAAGCUGCUUUCGGCACACACGGGAAGAUAUCAGAAACAUCCUAGGAUCAGGACACCCCAGAUCUUCUCGACUGGAACCACGAAGGCUGUUUCUUCCACACAGCACUUUGAUCUCCAUUUAAGCAGGCACCUCUGUCCUGCGUUCCGGAGCUGCGUUCCCGAUGGUCCUCCUUUGGCUCACGCUGCUCCUGAUCGCCAUGCCCUGUCUCCUGCAAACGAAGGAAGAUCCAAACCCACCAAUCACGAACCUAAGGAUGAAAGCAAAGGCUCAGCAGUUGACCUGGGACCUUAACAGAAAUGUGACCGAUGUCGAGUGUGUCAAAGACGCCGACUAUUCUAUGCUGGCAAUGAACAAUAGCUAUUGCCAGUUCGGAGCAAUUUCCUUAUGUGAAGUGACUAACUACACCGUCCGAGUGGCCAACCCACCAUUCUCCACGUGGAUCCUCUUCCCUGAGAACAGUGGGAAGCCUCGGGCAGGUGCGGAGAAUCUGACCUGCUGGAUUCACGACGUGGAUUUCUUGAGCUGCAGCUGGGCGGUAGGCCCGGCAGCCCCCGCGGACGUCCAGUACGACCUGUACUUGAAUGUUGCCAAGCGUCAACAGUACGAGUGUCUUCACUACAAAACGGAUGUUCAGGGAACACGUACCGGGUGUCGUUUCGAUGACAUCUCUCGACUCUCCAGCGGUUCUCAAAGUUCCCACAUCCUGGUGCGGGGCAGGAGCGCAGCCUUCAGUAUCCCCUGCACAGAUAAGUUUGUCGUCUUUUCACAGAUUGAGAUAUUAACUCCACCCAACAUGACUGCAAAGUGUAAUAAGACACAUUCCUUUAUGCACUGGAAAAUGAGAAGUCAUUUCAAUCGCAAAUUUCGCUAUGAGCUUCAGAUACAAAAGAGAAUGCAGCCUGUUAUCACAGAACAGGUCAGAGACAGAACCUCCUUCCAGCUACUCAAUCCUGGAACGUACACAGUACAAAUAAGAGCCCGGGAAAGAGUGUAUGAAUUCUUGAGCGCCUGGAGCACCCCCCAGCGCUUCGAGUGCAACCAGGAGGAGGGCGCAAACACACAUGCCUGGCGGACGUCGCUGCUGAUGGCGCUGGGGACGCUGCUGGCCCUGGUCUGUGUCUUCCUGAUCUGCAGAAGGUAUCUGGUGAUGCAGAGACUCUUUCCCCGCAUCCCUCACAUGAAGGACCCCAUCGGUGACAGCUUCCAAAACGACAAGCUGGUGGUCUGGGAGGCAGGCAAAGCCGGCCUGGAGGAGUGUCUGGUGACUGAAGUACAGGUCGUGCAGAAAACUUGAGACUGGGGUUCAGGGCCUGUGGGGGUCUGCCUCAAUCUCCCUGGCCGGGCCAGGCGCCUGCACAGACUGGCUGCUGGACCUGUGCACGCGGCCCAGGAAUGGACAUUCCUAACGGGUGGUGGGCAUGGGAGAUGCCUGUGUAAUUUAGUCCGAAGCUGCCAGGAAGAACAGAACUUUGUGUGUUUAUUUCAUGAUAAAGUGAUUUUUUUUUUUUAA